AUGGAAUUUCAUGCUGUGUUCGUUCUAGACGAUUGUCUAGCGUGACACCAGAGAGAGGUAGAUCUAAACAGGGUAUAAGUCAAACAUUUCCAAACUUAUUUCAUCACAGAGGGUGGAGUAACAGAGAACAAGGUUAUAUCAUAACCUUGUUCAUUGAAUAAGUGCCUGCAGUCAUUUACAACACUUUCCCUCCACUUCUUACUGAAAUUCCUUAUGUCAAGGUUUUCUUCACUCCAGUCCUAGUACUCCCUGCUGAACACACCUCCUUCUCUGACUGACCACUAUAUUAUAUCCCUGCAUGACCUUUGUGCUGAUCUCAGAAGCAAGUGGAGGAAGAAGAAGAACAAAUUCCAAGAAAGAAAAGGAAGCCAGAGGAAAGCUUAAGUCAUCAGCUCAAAGACUCCUUUCUAAAGAUGAUGUUAUUAUUUUAGACUCACUGAAUUACAUCAAAGGUUUUAGAUAUGAGCUGUAUUGUGCAGUUAAAUCAUCUCAAACUCCACAUUGUGUUAUUUUCUGUGAUACUCCUGUUGAUUUGGCAGAAACAUGGAAUUCAGGAAGGGAGGAUCAUGACAGAUAUACAAAGGAAAUAUUUGAUGGUUUGGUGAUGAGAUUUGAAGCUCCAAUUUCCAAAAACAGAUGGGAUUCUCCUUUGUUUUCAGUUGGUCCAGAUGAUGACCUGCCAUGUCAGGAAGUAUAUGAUGCUCUGUUCCUCAGGAAAGCUCCUCCACCUAACCUGUCAACAGUGUCUCAACCACUUUCAGCCACUAACUUUCUGUAUGAGCUAGACAAGAGAACGCAAGAAGCAGUAACGACUCUAAUUAAUGCACAGAAGACCAGUAUACCAGGAGAUGACAUUUCAAUACCAGGAGCCAAGGACAAAGUUCAUCUUGCAAGAUCUAUCAACAAUGCUGAAUUACAGAGGAUAAGAAGGCAAUUUAUUACCUACACCAAGCUACAUCCUAUACAAGAUAUCUCAAUGCUUGCAAACAUGUUUGUCCAGUAUAUCAAUAACAGUAUUAAAUGAUGAUGGGAGCUAAACUCAUAUUUGCAAUGUCUUCUUGAGAGAGAGAGAAAUGUACUGGAUUCUUCAGUCUGCCUCUACGAGCUUCUCCCGUCUUCAUGUGCUAAUAAUCAGGAUAAUCGAGUCCUUCACAAAUAACUUUUAUUUAUAAUUUUUUCUUGGCUUAAAGACCUUUGCUAAUGGAGGGUAUUAGUAAUAAUAAAAUGCUAUGGGGAUCUUUAGAAUAGUUGUAAUACACCAAGGGCAUUUGGACUGUUUCAAAUGUAAACAGUUUGUAUACUUUAAUGCCUGAGCAUUUUGAUGUGUAUUAUAUAAAACAGUGAUGUGGAUACUUGAUAGACCAUCCUCUCAAAACCAUGCCCAGUCAAGAGUCAUUAAUACCUUUCAGAAAAAUUUUCUGACCUGACACUUGAUGGUUCUUGGCAAAUUAUAUGAUUAGGAUCCAUAUCACUAUGUUAUAAUAUAUGUUUUGUUCCUUAUACUCGGAAUCUUUUUGUACAAUCUAAAGCGAAUCAUGACUGUUUAAUUGUAUCCUAAGAUGAUGAUAUGGACCUCAAUCAGCAGUUCAAGAGUUACAAGUUCUAUUGACCACACAAGGCAAAGGUGCAAACCGUAACCAGGGAAACUGGCUUGUCCUUUUCAAAUAUGCAUUCAAAGCACUUGUUUGUACUAAUGAGAGUUAAUUUCACUCAUUUGUAGUCUCUUGGGUUUUUAAAGACCGAAAGGUCAAGUUUGAUUUCUUCAACAAUAUGCCGUAAUACAAGUGGAGUUUCCUGAAUGUAUGUUUUAUAAUAAAUGGGAAUAGAGAACAGCAGCAUAUAUAGCUAUAAUCAAGGUUCCACAGACCUAUACUCCUUUUUGAAAACUCGGGGAGGCCAAAAAACUCUGAAGAGAAUUGAAUCCGGGCCCCUAGCUAACAAUAUACAGUGUGUUCCAGAAAAAAACGAAACUGAUUUUUCAUAACAAAUAGACAAAUGACCUAUCAUUGUAAAGCUUUAUUCUCUUUCAUCUGGUAUAACUUGGAUGAUUCCUAAUUAACACAUGAGUGAGCAAUAACAAUUUAAAUAAAGGAUACCAAAAAGUCACAAGGCAGGUGGGUAUCUGAGUUUUAAAAGGAAUAUCACAUGUUUGAAAAGUUCAUUAUCUGCUCUUUGAUUUGAUUCUCAAUCACAGAUAAUGGUCAAGAAAUAACAAAGAUCUGUUUAUAUGAAAUAGGCAUGAAUUCCAAUAAUUUUUAUAAAAUGAAGAGGUUUUACAGGCUAGAAGUCGGACUUACUCGACUCUCUGUUUUAAUAAAAUGCUUUUUUUUUCAAAGAGAGGCGCACUUGAAUAUUUAUUGACCAUUUUCUUUGAUUUAUGACUUUGAAGUAUCUAAUGAAAGAGCAGACAUUGGACUUGUUGUUUUCUCUUUGAAACUCGAUACCGCCCACCAAGUGACUUUUUGAUCUCCUUUUAUCAAAUUGUUCUUACUCGUGCGUGAAUGAGGAAUCAUCUAAGUUAUACCACAUUCCAAGAGGAGACUGAAAUUUACAAUGAUUUGUCAUGUUGGGUCUGUGAUUCUUAGAGUACAAACGGCUUAUAAUGUUACUUGUAUCUAAAAUGUUAUCAUUUUUGUAUAAAUACAUGAAGUAAUAAAGUA